AGCCCUAAUAGCACUCUUCACUCUGAGUCUCUGACUCUAGCUCUCGAAAUCUCGCCGGCUGUCCACCUAGUUGUCCAGAUCUCCGGUAACCUAGCUUCGUUUUCUUCUACUGAUUUUGGUUUGUUCUUCUGAAAACCGGUUCGAACCAGUGUAAAAAAACGAAUCGGUCAUAUAUCAAAAUUCAAAACCGAAAGGUUCAGAAACUCUCGUUGGACCGUCGAGCCGGUCGGUCUAACCGAACCAAAAUCUGACUGAUUUUCUGAAAUUUUUGCUUAAAACGGCGCCGUUGGUUUGAGAAACCCUAACCAAUAACCAAAACGUGCAGCACCUUCUUGGCCUCUCCUCUCUCACACAAUGUUCUGAAAACUGAAUCGGACGGAACCAGCCGAUCAAACCGAUUUAAUUAGAAACCGACAAGAAAAACGGUCCGGUCUAAUAUAUAAAACCGCAAAAUAAAAAAUCGCUCAAGAACCGAUGAACCGGCCGGUUACUGGCAGAUCGUACCGGAUCGGAACCCGGCCGAUUUACAGAAACCGACGUCGUUUCCUUCCUUGAAAGGAAAAAGUUGCGCCCGUUCCCCCCUUCUCCAACUCCUUCCUUCAGCAAAGAGCAAACUGCCCUAGCCUCCACCAAAGAAAGCAAACCUUAGCCUCCACCAAUAGUUGUCGCCGUCUGUCAGAGUGAGAGACUGCUGCCGCCGUCCAUCGCACUCAAGAACUUCCGUCUUCGUGCUCUCGGGCCUCUCGCCGGAUCCUCCACGUCGGGUGCUCGCAUCUCGCCGUUCUCCUCUGUGCUCGGCUGCUCGCGCCUCCCUCCGCCAGUGAGUGCUCGAGCUGUGCGUGUUGGUUGCUGCUCGUCGUCCGUGGUUGUCUCUACUCGAUUCUGCCUCCCAGUCUCACUCGAGUCUUGUCUCAGUCACUGGCAUCUCGUGGUUCGUCUCUCUCGUCGCCGGCGGCAGAAGCAACUCGUGGGGUUGUAUCUUGCUUCGUCGCCUUCCGUGGGGUGGUCGCCGACUCGCCGUCGACCGUUGCUUUUGAUACAUGGAAACCAAGCCAUUUGAGGAACCUUCUUCCACCGACGAUGAGGUCUACUUGCAAAAUGCAAGUGAUGAAGAUGAUAAUGAGAGUGCCUUUUCCUCCAGUUCCAACACCAAGUUACAGUUCAGGUACGUGAAAUCCAAAGCUGUUUGGAAUGAUGAGAUGGGAAUGGCUGAAGUCAUUGAAAAUCGUGGCAAAACAUGGGUCACAACUGGGAUAGUUCGAAGUGGCAAGGUUUAUUCUUCCAUUGAGGAGUCUUUGUAUUUGAUGGAGAUAGGAGCCUUAGAUCUCUUAGAUGAUUGUGAAAGAAGCAUGUCCCUAAUGGAUAUGUAUGAAAAGAUUGCUGGAGGUAAGAGUGGGUGUUGCUGGGAAAUGUUUGAGGUUUACAGGCACCUCAAGUCUCUUGGCUACAUAGUUGGGCGGCACGGCGUUGCUUGGAGUUUGAAGGGAAUUAAAAGUUCCCAUAAGGCUGUUGAUGUUGCCGAAGAAACUGAACAAGGAGUAGACUUGAUGAGCUCCAAAUCCGAGCUUUCCAUCAAUAAGUUAUUAAGUGAGAUGCAGAUUAAUGGUUCAAGGCCAGAUUUCGAUGUUUAUCUUCCAAACAGUAGGUUUAGAAAGUCUUCGCCGGGUGAUCCUAGUUUUCUGCUAUACUUAUCUCGGGGUGAUCCACCAUCUAAAGCAGAAACAGAAGCUCUUGAAAAACAAUGUGGUGGCCUUCCUUUGAAGAUUGGCUUAGUCACGGAGGGACGGGUCAGUUUCUUUUCCUUUGACAAGGUGGAACUUCCUCUUCUACCCUGAAAAAGUUGAGAAACAAGGAUUGCUACAAGAGAAUCACACUUUUUGCUUGUAGCUAUUUAUUAAAGUUUCUAAUAUGUAUCAAGUGGUACACUAAUAUUGUAAAUAUGUAGUUGUAGGUUAUGUUUAUUGGAGUGAUUGUGUUUGGCCUUUUUGGUACCAGAUGUUUGAAUAGUCAUUAUUCUCCUUUCAAUUAUCAUGAAAAAAAAAUGGGAACCAGUUCCAUAUAAUAUACUUUUCUGCU